AUGUUUUCUAUUGUUGCAGUAAAAAAGGCGCGCUAUGUCGGUAUACAAGCUACACAAUUCAACACAUACGUGACACUCAAACUACAGAAUGUCAAGUCGACGACGGUGACAGUGAAGGGCCCGACUCCGUGUUGGGAGCAAGACUUCCUUUUUGAAAUUAACGACAUCAAUCUCGGCUUACUUGUGGAGGUGUGGAACAAAGGCGUAAUCUGGGACCGCGCCCUCGGCUAUCACUACCUGCCUCUCACUUCUGUCGCUUAUGAUGAGCAGGAGUGUGGAGGACGGUGGGUGGAGCUGGAGGCACAGCUGAUGAUGCGCGGCGGCGCGGUGGUCGGCACCACCGGGCCCACCGGACAUGCCUUGCUUCUGGACUGCCGGUUCGAACCGCCUUUUGAUGCGGAAGGCACCGGUGGCGCUGACCUGCAGCGUAAGCUGGACUUGCUCAACGGCGCUCUCGAUGCCGAGCGGGCAGAGCAAGCGCGCCGCCAGUUGCAGUACGUGGCACACUCCGGAUAUUCUGAGGACUCCGAUUACACGUCGGACCUUAACUACCCGGUGGGCCAGCACGCCAACUGCAGCGCGUCUCAGUUCCGGAGUGCAGCGCAUCAGAUGCAUACGCCACAGAGGUCUUUGGAAGCGUCUCGAGAAAAUUCGUAUGAGAGGGAUGAAUAUCACCUGCACGGCGACACCGACCCGCUCUAUUACAACAGUCAACCCAGGACUAAUAGAAUAGACACGUGGUCGCAGUUGCACGCGCAGGCGAGCGUUGAGUCCGCUAUAUCGUGGAGGACGGCGGCUGAUUGGCAAUCUGGAGAGGAACAGAGAAGGCCAAGUCUUGAACGUCAGAAUACUUUGUACGACGAUAGUAUAGGGUACGGGUACGAGUCAUACACCACAAGUACGCACAUUAGGGACCAUUCACAUAUAUCGCAACAGGCAAGUUAUGAAGAGUUCUAUGACUCGAGUAGUUAUCCGUACCCGUAUAGUCAGUGGGAGGGCCGUUACUUCUACGAUGAGUGUGGUCUCACUCCCACCGAGUAUGAGAAUAUCGUCAACAAACGACGGUCAUCCGUCGUACAGUUGCCGCAAAUGCCGCCUAAACAGUUACCCCCGUCGUCACGAUAUUCUGACUACAAUGAGAUGGCGCCGUAUAGACCUCGGCCGCGACGUACUGCAGCAAGUCUUCCAGCCACACCAUCUUCAACGCCGAAGCGCGGUCGGGCGCUCCCCGUGCCGCCGGGCAGCGACGGCGGGUGGGGGCGCCGCGGCCGCCGCCUGCCGCGCCCGCCCGCCGCGCGCGGCGCCGUCGCGACCACGCACACACACGUGCCUUACAUACAAGAACCCGAGAGAACUGUACCCGAUGUUAGUUACGGUUACGGUAGCUACAGGUAUCAAUCACAAUACCAAGACACUGCCAAUGAACAGUAUCAAGACACCAAUUAUAAUACAAGUUACGAUGAGGAUGGAAUGCAACCUUUUUUCGAUGAGACACCACAUGCAACACCGCCGGCCGCGACAGCGCAAAAGACUACGUGGGCUGAAUCGGAAAGUUCUACGCAAUUUUCUUAUCCAGCGAAAAGUGAGGAAGAAUCUGUGAUACCUAGGAAAUCAGUGUUAUCAAAAAUUCAAUCAUUUAUCCAGCCAAGUGUAACUACUAAACAAGAGACUUAUCAUGAACAAAGUUAUCAUCAAAUUGACAAAUACGAAGAAUCAAAACAGUUUCAAAAAUCGUCAGAUCAGCAAGAUCAAUCAUAUCAAAAUGAUCAUAUUAAUUAUUUAGAUAAAAAAACUGAUUUUCAAUAUAAGUUUGAUAGUCAAUAUAAGACAGAAAAAGAUUUUAUUCAAUCUGAAAAACAACCUCAAUAUCAAUUUCAGAAUGAUCAAAAACAGUAUGAUAUACAACAAGAUGGACAAAAAGAACAGCAGCAAAAAUAUUUUGGGGAGCAAGAAUACCGACAAGAUCAGCAAUAUUCACAAGAACAACAAUAUCAAUUGGAUCAGCAAUAUAAACAGGACCAACUGUAUCAACAAGACCAACAAUAUGAACAUGAUCAACAAUAUAAAUAUGACGAGCAGUAUAGAGACGACCAACAAAUUCAACAGAAUCAACAAUAUCAACUGGAUGAACAGUAUAAACAAGAUCAACUAUUUCAACAAGAUCAACAGUUUAAAUCAGAUCAUCAGUACCAGCUAGAUAACCAGUACCAAAAAGAUAACCAAUAUCAGCAAGAUGACCAAUAUCAACGAGAUAACCAAUACCAAGAAGAUAAUCAAUAUCAAGAAGAUAACAAAUUUCAACAAGACAGUCAAUAUCAGCAAGAUAGCGAAUAUCGACAGGAUGAUCAAUAUCAAUUAGAUGACCAAUAUCAACUAGAUAAUCAAUAUCAACAAGGUGAUCAAUAUCAACAAGAUAGCCAAUAUCAUCAAGAUGAACAAUAUCAACAAGACAACCAAUACAAGGACCAACAGUAUAAUCAAGAUCAGCAUUAUCAAGCAGAAACUCAAUAUGUACAGCAGCAAGAUUACCAACAAAGCCAGCAAGAACAAUAUGAGAAAGAAAAGCAAGAGCUGUAUGAUCAACAGCAAAAGCAACAGCAACAACAAACACUACUAAAUCAGCAACGUCAACAACAACAGCAAUUGCAGCACCAACAGCAACAGCAGCAACAACAGCAGCAACAGCAGCAAAAACUACCAACGCAACAACUGCAAUCGAGUGUUUUAACUGGAGCCGCUACGUUAGGUUCGUUAAUGGCAGGUGGAGCAAAAAGGUUAGGAAGUCUAUUCGGUGCUGCUGCAGCUGCUGUUGCUGCUCCAGCAGCAAGCCAACAACAACCGCCUGCAACAGUACCUACUGCUGCUGCAGUUUCGCAACUACCACCUACUUUAGCUUCUGCUACACCAUAUACCAGUACAACAACAAUAUCAGCAACAACGUCCGUCCCUGAUGUACCUUCAACCCCAACUGUAACUACAUCAGCUCCAAUGCUACCAAGAACACCGUCUCUUCGAAGACAAGAAUCUAUGCAACGACCCUCAGUGCGUCGAACACGGACUUUACCUGAUGCUCCAGAGGAUUAUUCCGCAGGGAGUUUCGAUGAAAGUGCCUACGAGGACGAGUACCAUAAGACUGAAAUCGAUCAAGUGGAUCGCGAUAGGACGUCACUGGAUAGGUAUCAUGAAGAUGACACCAUCCAUGAGGAUGUCGUAGAAGAAGAAAAGGCGAUAGAAGAAUCAAGUAUACAUAAAACUGCAUCGCCAACAAAGACUGUGUCACAAACUAGGAAACCUUCUGUUGAUAGUUACCACAGUCAAACGCCUUCCAUACUUGAUCGAAAAACUUCACAAAGUUCUUUUAUUUCCCAACAUGAAGAAAAACUUACGAUCCCUACAACAUUAGAUGAACAAGCAAUGGACAAAUCUAAAGUGACAUUUCAAGAAGGACGCACAACUUAUCACGAAGUUCCUGAGGAAGGAGAUAGGUUCGAAAGACAGGAAUCGUUUGACCAGGAUGUGGAGUACCCUGAUGACCAAGAGCAAUACCCAGAUGAUACAUUUAGGGAAGGAGACAAAUUUACUGACCAGGAAAGGUUCGAUGAAUCUGAUGAACAAUAUCCUGAAGAUAGUGUCUUUAAUGAAGAACAAGAAAGGCAUGAAGAGGAACCAAUGAAUUUUCACCCUGAACAACCUAAGCUUACCCCAAAACAGAGGUGGCAUCGGGCGUAUAACAAGAUCAUCAUGCAGCUAAAUAACAGUAUAAAAUCAUCAAUCAUGGUGCGAAGUAAGAAAGGCCAAGCAGUCAGUGAAGCUGACGUCCGAUGCGAUGCUUUUGCAUCAACUCGGUCCAAUAUUAGCGGUUCUCGUUUAAGAGUGCGUCGAGGCUCAAGUUUGACCGAUUUGGACAAAUUACGUAGUGGCGGUUCGAGUGGCGGCGGUUCUAUCGGCGACUUGAUGAAUAUGUUCAGUGGAAGUGCUAAUUCUGUCGGUAGUGACACUUUGGUAGCUCGGACGGUACCCUUGGAGACUGUUCGGCGAAAUAUACCACCAGUUUCUACACCACCACCGCAUCCUUCACCGUCUCCUCUUAUCCAUAUAUCGAGACCUGUAGGUCCAUUGACUAUGGCUCAAAGAACCUUGAGAUUCAGCAGACUCCUGAAAUAUCAACCGUGCUCGACUGAUGUUGUUAUCCUUCUGAUCGUUUUUAAUGCUUGU